UACGUGUAAACGCAGGGAAACUCGUCAGUCGGCUUUAAUUUGCUGACAAUUCUGAAUUCCAGGGUUAUACGUUGGUUGUCCAACCAAGUCACAUGUGUAUCGUUUUGCAGCAGUAAGGGGAGGGGUGGAAAACCUGUGUCUUCUUCGAGUUAAAGGCUACGUUCACGUACGCAUAUUUUGCUAAUCCUGCUCGGUUUCUGCGCAGAUUGUGUGGAAAACCUGUCCAAGUUCGCCAUCUGCGUGAACUCAUCCAAAAAGACGUCCCCAGGUCACGCAUCUCCCGAGCGUAGAUUCUGCGCAGAUCGCGCAUCUCCUGACAGAAGAUGGCUCAUGGAAUCGCCCAGGGAAUUCUCCUGUCAGGUAAAGUGUGUCCUGGCAAUGUGAUGGUGAGCGCACCUUCACUGAAAAAUCUGGGGAAGUUCAAGGAAUGUGGUGUCAGGACCACGCACUGUAACACAGAGGUGGUGCAGGUCAGUCGGGUUCUCUUUCUGGCCGUGAAGCCGCGCAUAAUUCCCAGCGUCCUCCAGGAGGUCUCUGCCGUGGUCACCCCGCAGCACAUCAUCGUCUCCGUGGCAGCAGGCGUCACCGUAGCAACCCUGGAGAGGGUGAGUGGGCGACACACAGGGGUACACUACCCCAAUAACAGUACAAAGUUAGGAACCCUAUAAAACUGACCAGUCAAGCAAGCAGCGCUUGAAACCAGAGACUGGGCUCCUGGCUGCUAGAAAUAACAUGAAGAUCAGAUACUGGACACAUCUAUCAAUUGUCUCAACCAAUGAAAACACCAGAAUUCAAAAUAUCCCAUAACAUAUUAAUGUGUUCAGGGUUCUCCCCAGGCCUUUUCAUUGAUUGCGCUGAUAGCAGAAUAGAUCAGUUGCGCACGCGCUGGUUGAAACAAAAAAAAAUCUUGGAACCAGUUGCUGGGUUAAGUCUUGGCACUACAUUUAACCAAUCAGAGAGGUGAAGGGGUGGGUUUUCUUUUUUAAGCACUUCGAGAGGCUGAAACGUUAAAAUAACCGAUUGUUUUCGAAGCAAAAAUAGAAAGUGAAUUGGAAAAACCACAAGAGGGGCCAGCGCAUAAAAAAAGAAACAUUGUGAUGGAAAUAGCUUUUUGUGAAAAAAA